ACACAGAAAGAACAAUGGGAAGACAACUGAGAAAAAGAGGCUUCUGCAAAUUCCAAUAAAUAGUAACUAGGUUCUGGACCUGUGACUCACUACAGUCACUACACUCACCACUUAACAGCAACUGCAAUGGACUACGAACCCAAGAAGCCCAGGAAGGGUUUUGUUUCUCCAAUAAAGCGGCUGGUCUGGUCCAAAUCUAGUCGAAGGCCAGUAGAUCGAGGCAGUGUGUACCGCCGACCACUACACACUGUCCCCCUCUACCCCCCUGACUACCUCAUUCAUCCAGAGAGACUCAUCUUUGACUAUGUGGAGAAGGAGGUAAAGUUCCUAGGUCAGCUAACUUGGGUGUCAGUUUCACUGAAUCCCUCCAGCCGAGAUGAACUUCUACAGCUGCUGGACACAGCCAGGCAGCUGAAGGUGUUGCCGUUGAAGACAAACGUGGACCAGGAUUGCAUUCUGAGUCUCUCUGCCCGUUGUCUGCUGCUGACGUGGAGAAACAACGAAAAGUUGCUGAUGAGGAUUCCUACACACGAGAUUGCUGCUGCGUCCUACUUGAGAGACGACGCACUGCACCUUCUGGUUCUCAAAACAGGCCUAAAUGUGGAUUGUGUGGUGGCUGGGGAAGACAGCGUGGACAGGAAAAAGCCACCAGGUAGUGAUGGGCGCUGUCAAGCCAUGAGCUGCAAUACUGAUCCGCGUCCUGCUGGGGGCACAAUGGAGCGCCGACACACUAUCUGUGGAGUUGACUGGAGGCCAUCACUGUCCAGAAAUAAUCAUGACAAAAAUCAGAAUGUGGAGAGAACAGGGGUUGGAGGAGGGGGAGAGAGGGGAGGAGGAGGUAGUUUAGAGAGAUUUAGAGUUGGAGGGAGCUGGGAGAGGAGGCAGCAAACACGUAAAACGGGAGGGAGUUGGGAGAACCGCAGAGCGAGACCUAUGAGUGGGAGCUGGGGGGUGGGGGUGGGUGUAGGUGCAGGAGGCAGCUGGGAAAGAAGGCAUGGAGGUGGUGUAGGAGGGGGGAGCUGGGAGAGGAGGGGAGGGGUUGGGGGGAGCUGGGAGCGCCGACAAACCUGCACAGGAAGUUGGGAAAGAGGGAAGAGCUAUGGGAGCUGGGAGAGGAGGAACUACAACCCACUGGAGCCCACACCCUGUCCUGGUGCCUACUGCAACCUGGUCAUCCUGGCUGUGGAGAACAGGGAUGCUGCAGAGGAAUACUGUUCUCUUAUUUGCCAGAUGUUCCAGAUCAUUUACGGCCAUCAGACCAUUGAGUGUGUGGACCGGGCCGGCUUUCACCACACCGUGCCGGAUCGCUAUUGGCUGCAGAGGAGUGACAGCUGCCUAAGUGACAUGUCCUACAGCUACGAUCCGGAGUUUAGCUGCUGCAGCUCUUAUGAUGGUUCCCAGGAUGCUUUUGAACUUUACUACAGCGAGACGUACAGUGAAAGUUCGUCUCUGUCACUGCAGGACUCCCAUCGCAGUCUGGCAUCAGCCAGUGAUGGAGGAGACAGUAACCCCGCCCUGCUGCUCAUGCAAGAGUAUAUGAUCAUUCUGCGUAACAAGCUGACUCCUGGGAAGCUGCAGCACUUUGCUGUCUUGCUGAGAGAAUACAGACUGGGAUCAAACAUCGACCACUUCUGUUCCGAGUUGUUGCAGCUAUACGGAGACAACCGCAAAUUCCUGCUGCUGGGCAUGCGCCCAUUCAUCCGAGACAAAGAUGUUGGGACAUUUGAGAGUUUCUUGGAAAGUAUUGGGAUCCGGGAGGGCGGAAUCUUAACGGACAGCUUUGGACGGAUUAAACGGAGCAUGAGCAACACAUCGGCCACAGCCAUGAGAGAGUAUGAUCAUGGCUCCCUGGGCUCAGGAUCUCAAGAAUUUAACCGACGCAUCACUGACAUUACCCAUGACAUUGAAGCACUCGGCUUCCGGGACACACAUGGAGACAUUGAGGAAGAAGACUAUUACCUGUGACGGACAGGUGGACUGUUUUUGUGGGCCUUCUGUGAUGGAGGCGAAAGAAAAUAGAGAAUACACACAUUAUUACUAUGACCCUACAUGAUUUUUAAUAUUUUUAUCCCGAUUUUUUUCCCCAUUUUAUCAACCAGUGCUGGGCAUUGCUCCCUCUACCAACCCCGGGAGAGCCCACACUGAGCUCAAGUCUCCUCCUUAACUUUAAGUGAGCUUCUUUUCACCAGACAGGGUGGGGCUUCUCUGGCCGGGCGUAGCGCAUGGAAGGAUCCCGUCAUUCUGGCCAGAUCCUCCCCACCCCAUCUGGCACCCCGGCUGGCCAGAACUGCUGCAUGUUUUUGUGAGGAUUUUGUGAUUAGCUACAUCACAUUAGCUACCCAAGGGAACACAGGGAGAACAUGCAAACUCCACACAGCAAGGCCAUUUCGCCAACCCGACCCAGGGUGUGGGCACUGAAGUCAUGGGGGAACUUAACACGCCCACAGCGUCCCCAGCAGGAAUUCAACCCAGGACCUAGCUAUGACUGCACUACCAGCUGCACCACCGUGAACACCCCCCAGAUGGGGUAAGUUGGAGCCUAUAAGUGGAAUUGGUUGGACCUUGUCAACCAUUAGGAGUGGAAAGCAUUGCAGAUGGGAGUAUCUGUGCAUGAGCGACCAGACUGGAUAGCUACUGUAUGUUUGGACAGGGUCAGUUCAUCAGCAGUGAAGACGUGGUAGAUGUUACACCUUUGUUUAGAAUCAUAAACUGGAGAGUGUCACGUUUUCGUCACUUCCCGUUUUAUUUUGAAGCCCAUGUCUUUGUGUUUGAGUUUUGUUUGACCUUUCUGUUCUCCAUCUGCCCUGAUCGUCUGCACCUGUUUCUCGUUAACCUUUGUGUAAAUCUGGUCUUGUCUUUCCCUUUCUCCCUGCUGGUCCGUACUGUUUUCCUCGGUCCGUGUACUUCGCGGCCAUCCGUUUUUUGUUUUGAAAUGACAAAAUAAAAAUAGAGAAAUAAUGCGUUUCCCGUUUUUUGUUUUGAUAAUAAAAAACGUAAAACGGAUUGUUAUCCAUUAUCCGUUAAGCUCUGCAGAAGCCUGAUAACGAGCCAUUCAUUAGAAUCAGGUGUGUUGGAGGAGGGAAACAUCUAAAACAUGCAGGGCAGUGGGUCCCGUGGACCAGAGUUGAGAAACACUGCUUUAAAUCAUAUAAAAAUAUCAUGGGAUUACAUUUUAGCAGCAGGGAUCAGCUGCAUAAUAUAUGGACCUGUGGAAUGAUUUAGUGGGGAACCUGCCACCAGCUCGUGGAGUUCCAUGUGAAGCUGCAUUUUCAGUAGAUGAUGAAGAUGAAGAAGCAGAUGACGAGGCUUGAAAGCUAAAAGAGGGGACAGCAGGGUCAGUGUAUCUUUUGGUCAUUGGAUUUUUCCAUCAUGAGU